AUGUUGGCGUCAAAUCCAAACCUAACAAAGUGUCCGUUCUUUCCCACUCGCUACGUUCCCAUCUCCCGGUCUUUCCACAUCACAUGUAGCGUUUCGCAGCUGCAAUCGGCGGCGGAAGUGGUGAAUGGAAAAGUCCCCGAGAGGAACGAGAUUCGUCUUGGCUUGCCGAGCAAAGGCCGCAUGGCCGCCGACACUCUUGAUCUUCUCAAGGACUGUCAAUUGUCCGUCAAGCAUGUCAAUCCCCGCCAAUAUGUUGCACAAAUCCCACAGCUUUCGGAUUUGGAAGUGUGGUUUCAACGGCCCAAAGACAUUGUGCGGAAAUUGUUGUCUGGAGACUUAGACCUUGGCAUAGCAGGUUUUGACACCGUCAGCGAAUAUGGGCAGGGGAAUGAAGAUCUUAUCAUUGUUCAUGAUGCUCUUGAUUAUGGGGACUGCCGCUUAUCCCUUGCAAUUCCAAAAUAUGGGAUUUUUGAGAAUAUAAAUUCACUGAAGGAUUUAGCACAAAUGCCUCAAUGGACUGAAGAGAAACCUCUGCGAGUUGCUACUGGCUUCACCUAUCUGGGUCCGAAAUUUAUGAAAGAAAAUGGACUGAACCAUGUGAGCUUUUCAACUGCUGAUGGAGCACUCGAGGCAGCUCCCGCGAUGGGGAUAGCUGAUGCAAUUUUGGACCUUGUGAGUAGUGGGAUCACACUGAAAGAAAACAACUUGAAAGAGAUCGAGGGGGGAGUUGUGUUGCGAAGCCAGGCAGUUCUUGUUGCAAGUAAGAGAUCGUUGAUCCAAAGGAAAAGUGCACUGGACACAACACAUGAGAUUCUUGAAAGAUUGGAGGCGCAUCUAAGGGCUGAGGGUCAGUUCACGGUAACUGCAAAUAUGAGAGGAAGUAGUGCAGAGGAAGUGGCUGAGCGUGUCUUGAGCCAGCCAUCAUUAUCAGGUUUGCAGGGACCCACCAUAAGUCCAGUUUUUUGCAAACGUGAUGGGCAAAUUUCUUCGGAUUACUAUGCCAUAGUCAUAUGUGUACCCAAAAAGGCGCUCUACAAGUCUGUACAACAACUGAGAGCGAUUGGAGGCAGCGGAGUUCUAGUUUCCCCAUUGACCUACAUUUUUGAUGAAGAAACUCCAAGAUGGCGCGAACUUCUCUCAGCACUUGGCCUCUAG